GCCUAACAGGCCCGGCGGGAAACACGCACACCCCGCACCCCGCCGCGCCCCCGCCUCGGCCGGCGGAGGCGGCGGAGGGGUGGAAAAAGGCGAGGUCCCGGCGAGGCGCGGACACGGGGCGGGCGGCUCCCCCGUGCCGGGCGGAGCGCAGCCAUGGCGAGCGGGGCGGGGCCUCGCCUCCCUUCAGGCCCCGCCGCAGCGGCGCGGCGAGCCCGGGCGGAACGAUCCUCCUGGCUGCCCCAGAUGGUUCCAUUCCGAGGCAGCCACUGGCAGAGUUCAUUGCUGGGGCUCAGGGCAUCUCUUCUCAUGAGAGCACAACCAAAGAAGAAGAAGAAAGUGGAUGUAAAGAGAGAGCAAGCACAGAAGGAUCGGAUGAAAAAGAAGAUUAAAAAGUUGGAGAAAGCUGCCCCAGAAAUGAUUCCAAUUGAGGAUUUUAUAGCACCACUCAAGUACUCAGAUAACAGCAGGGUGCGAAGUCUUCCCCCUCUGUCAUUUGAAGAAACUGAAAGAAGAGUUUUACUGAUGAAAAAGUGGUGUUUGUUUAAGCAGAAGCAAGAUAAGGCAGAAAAGCAAGCCAUUCAGACCCUUGUAGCAGCUCAGCAAGAGGCACUGAAGGAACUGCGCCUGGAAUCGGAGGAGCUCUAUCAGGCAGCAAUCAGACGGGAUGAGGGGCUUUUCCCCUAUGAGAGAGAGGGACCCAGUUAUAGCCCACCGCUUCCCGGCUAUGAUCCUCCUGAAGGAAAAUGUGUUGAUAUCACCAAAGUGUAUACGCAGUGAUGGAGGAGUCUGUUGUCAAUCUGGCAGGAGCUACUCAGCCGACAGAAGGAAAGAACUGAGUAAGAACUAACAAUUCCUUUUGCAGGUUAAAAUACUGUAUGUGUGUGACUGUAAAACACACUAAUGAAGUACCUAAUGGUUUGGCUUUUUAAAUGGCUAAGUAAUAAGACACCCAGCAAAGCCCCACUGCCUUACACUCAGGCCAUGCUGGAACAAGAUGAAUGAGUAGUAUUCCAAAGUAUUUUGUCUUUCGGGGCUUGUACCUCUCAUCCUUCCAUGCACUCUGGAGCAGUGUUUUGUUCUGCUUAAACCAUAACUUGGAACACUCUUGUGGUAUGUGGAAAUAAUGUCCGUUGUCACAUCCGAGGCUGUACUGUACCAGAGGCAUCAGCUGACUGCUUACUGCCUUUCUUUUCAGACUUCACUGAGGUACACCUGCAUUUAAGAGGGAAAACACGCGGAAAACAUAGGGAGACACACUGAAAU